GACGUCACGCCAUUGUCGCUCUGCCAGGCCUCUCUCUAUCGACAUCAAGUGUUGUCACCCAGUGAACAUGGAAAACACAGAGGCAAACGCUGACGCUACUAACUUGGAAUCGGCAUCAGUCUCAAGAAGUCAAUAUAUCAGAGAUAUGGGAGAGGUUAUUGGUGGAGACAGGCCGUAUGUGCAUCCCAACUGGUUGGAGGAACAACACCAGCGAUGCUUACAACAAGCAGAACAGCUUUUUAAUCAAACCAAGACGGCGACUGAUCCAGAGAUCAGAAAGAAAGAUUUAAGCGAGCUGCGGGAAGGACUUGAGGAUGCAUACGAAAAUUUUAAACAGCAGAAUGAGAUAAAAACCCAUGCGACAAGAACCCCUGCAGCUUUGUUAUCUGUACUGGUGGUCGCAUACCUGUUGGCCAAAGUUUUAGAUGUGAUUGGAUUCACGACAGUGGCCUUCUUGCUGAAUGUAGUAACGUUCUUCUUCUUGGUACUCGCGCUUACUUGGUUGUUGGUUCCAUACACUGAAGGACACAGAAACAUAUCCAACUCCAUCAAUGAGCUGGCUGAUUUUAUAUGGGAUUAUAUGCUGUGUGUCGUCUAUACAAGGGCUGCCUAACAUGUACCGAAGCAUUUACAGAUGAUAAUAAACAAUACCUGGAAAUUGUUAAAAAGCAUCAACACUGUUUGCAGUAUUAUUAUAUUGUGUUUUGUACAUUUACUGUAAAUAAAAAUCUAUUUAUUCA